AUGCCCAUUCUAGGCGUCGGUGUUGAUGUUCUCAAUAUCCACCGAAUAAUAGCACUUGUCAAGAGACGGUCUGCGACACGAAUAGCAGCUCGCAUCCUCAGUGACGAAGAACUGACAGUGUGGCAGCCCCUUUCCACGAAGAAUGCUGCAUUAAGAGACAGGUUUCUUGCUGUGCGCUUCAGUGUGAAGGAAGCCGCAUACAAGGGUCUGUAUCCACACGCAAGGCCUACUUGGAAAGAGUUGACAUUCCUUGCCUCUGGGGGCUCUCGCAAGCCCACCCUCACAUACCACCCAUCAGCUUUGGCGACCCCAAUUGGCACGCUUCAUACAAGCAUCAGUCACGACGGUGAUUACGUCUUCUCAACCGUCGUGGUGGAAGGCCCCUUGCUACGAUGA